AUGCCUCCAAAACGAAAGCACAGUGAUGAUGAAGAUCAUAAUUCCAAGCGCUACGCUUACCUCAAACCCCACGUACGCCAUGUCCCUGAAAAGACUAUCAAGUCGAAAUGGACCACCCUCCCAGAACCCGUUCAAGAAAGAGUUCGCGAUAUAUUUCAUUCCCUCGAGCGACCAGUGAUCAUGCGAAGCCAGAAUGAGCGAAAACGCAUAGAGGCGCAGGGUGCUGUGCAAGCAGUGGUACGAAAUCUAGGGAAACGCCUUCCACGGAUGCCCUUUCCACCCGCAACAAAGGAAUCUAACUUUGAUUACGAGUCUGCGUUGAAUGAGCACCGUGGCCUCGAAUCCAGCUUGGUUACUAUGACUGACAGCGUCGACCUUUUGAAAGCCGAAAUUGCAAAAGAAGAAGCAGCCCUCGUACGCGACAAAAAAGCGUUGCAGGAAAUGGACAAGAACGCCAAACGGGCCGAGACUGAACGAAAACGACAGACGAAGAAUGAACACCCUGUUCUCCGGAAGCUCGAUGCGCUUCCUCAAACCGAGAGCUUCACGUCCUCCAAAUUCGCUCUUAUCAGUGCGAAGGAUAGCCACGCAAGUCUGGACGAGUUGGACACCGACCCCGAGAUUCAAGGACUGAUGAAGCAAUUGAAUGGCCACCUUCAAUCCAUGCAAAGCAAUACUGCGCCGUUCGCGGAGCUCGGUGAUGCUAUUACCCGAUCGCAAGCGGCUUUAGAUCUAUACUCGCUAUCUAAUGACUGA